AUGGAUGAAGAGUACGACGUCAUCGUUUUGGGAACUGGUCUCAAGGAAUGCAUUCUCAGUGGCCUUCUCUCCGUCGAUGGCCUCAAGGUUCUUCACAUGGAUAGAAAUGACUAUUACGGAGGAGAAUCCACCUCGCUUAAUCUUAUUCAGCUUUGGAAGAAAUUCAGAGGAGAUGAUAAGCCUCCUCCACAUUUGGGUUCUAGCAAAGACUACAAUAUUGAUAUGAACCCUAAGUUCAUUAUGGCUAAUGGCAUGUUAGUGAGGGUUCUCAUUCAUACUGAUGUUACAAAGUAUCUCUAUUUUAAAGCUGUGGAUGGAAGUUUUGUUUUUAACAAAGCAAAGGUUCAUAAGGUACCUUCAAAUGACAUGGAGGCCUUGAAGUCCCCACUUAUGGGGAUAUUUGAAAAACGACGUGCACGCAAGUUUUUCAUAUAUGUUCAAGAUUAUAAUGAGAGUGAUCCUAAAACUCAUGAAGGGCUGGACUUGACAAGAGUGACUACUAAGGAACUGAUAGCAAAAUUUGGCCUUGAUGAUAACACUGUGGAUUUCAUUGGUCAUGCUUUGGCGCUACAUAGAGAUGAUCGCUACUUGAAUGAGCCAGCUCUGGACACUGUGAAGAGAAUGAAAUUAUAUGCAGAGUCUCUUGCACGAUUUCAAGGAGGAUCACCCUACAUAUACCCUUUGUAUGGUUUAGGAGAGCUUCCCCAGGCAUUUGCAAGGCUUAGUGCUGUUUAUGGUGGUACCUAUAUGUUGAAUAAACCUGAAUGCAAGGUAGAAUUUGACGCUGAAGGAAAGGUUAUUGGUGUCACUUCUGAAGGGGAAACUGCGAAAUGCAAGAAAGUUGUUUGUGAUCCAUCAUAUUUGCCUGGAAAGGUAAGGAAGGUUGGUAAGGUUGCAAGGGCAAUAGCCAUCAUGAGCCAUCCGAUCCCCAGCACCAAUGACUCCCAAUCGGUGCAAGUUAUUCUCCCACAGAAGCAAUUGGGUCGAAAGUCAGACAUGUACUUAUUCUGUUGCUCGUAUUCUCACAAUGUUUGCCCAAAGGGAAAAUAUAUUGCAUUUGUAUCAACUGAGGCAGAGACAGAUCAGCCUGCUAUUGAACUUAAACCUGGAAUUGACCUUUUAGGACCUGUUGAGGAGAUUUUUUUUGAUAUGUACGAUAGAUUUGAACCAGUCAAUGAACCCACUCUAGACAACUGCUUUGUAUCGACUAGUUAUGAUGCUACCACACACUUUGAGUCAACUGUAGUGGAUGUCCUCAACAUGUAUACAUUGAUAACCGGCAAGGUUCUCGACCUCUCUGUGGAUCUUAGUGCCGCCAGCGCCGCAGAAGAGUAA